CGCGUCGUCUGUUCGCCGACGUCACCCCACCCUUUCUCCUGUGUGUGUGGUUUUGAGGAAGUAGCCACUUGCUAGCUGCUAGCAUACGGAGGGUUCACCGUCAAACAUGCUGUGAUAAACCCUAACGCGCCAGGCCGGACAAGAGGAUGGCCGUGUGUGCACUGACCAUGCUGGAGGGGAUGGGCGGCGAGGCCACCGCGGCGGGCGGUGCCUUGCUGGUGGCCCUGGCUCUGGUCCUGGCCUGGCUUUCCACGCACGUGGCCGAGCGUGGUGACCACAUCCUGGGCACCAUCCUGACGGCGGGCGCGCGCGCCUCCCUCAUCAGUGCGGGCGGCGACGCGGGCGGAAACCCCCAGCCUGACACACCCGAGCAGACGGCCUCUAUCCAGCCCUCGUCGGAGAACAAGCCGGACGACAACGACGUUGACGAGGGGCUGCCGUCGGACGACGCGGACCUGCUCCUGGACAUUCAGAGCAAAGCACCCCCAAGGAGAAGGAUUCAAGGUUCGGACGAGGAGGAAGACGAUGACUACGGCGAAGACGAGGAGACGGAGGGGGUACAUAAAAAAGACGUGUCUGCCACGCCGCCCUUUUGCGUACGACUUAAGUUUUUAAACGACACGGAGGAAGUGGCUGUCGUCAAGCCUCACCACACUGUGGACCAGCUCAAAAGUAAGUACUUCUCCGGGCGCGAGCAUCAGAUCAAGCUGAUCUACCAAGGCCAACUCCUGCAGGACUCCAAGAGGACUCUGCUGUCCCUCAACGUGACUCACAACAGCGUCAUCCACUGCCACGUCUCGCAGGCCCCGCGCGACGGGAACCCCGAAGCGGAGGCGGCGGGCUCCCCCCAAGGGGUGACCGCCGUCUCCGGGGGCCUGCGGGCAGCGGGCGUGGCCAUCAGCACGGGCAGCCUGGUGGUGCCCGUGUUCGUGGUGAUCCUGGCCGUGGUGUGGUACUUCCGCAUCAACUACCGGCAGUUCUUCACCGCGCCUGCCACCAUCUCCCUGGUGGGCGUCACAGUCUUCUUCAGCUUCCUCAUCUUCGGCAUGCACAGCCGCUGAAGAAAACUCAGCAGCACGUAACGUUAGAGCAAACUUCAUAUUUGAAUCAAUAUGCUGAAAACCAAAGAGGGGGGGGAAAAAAAAAAAAAAAAAAGCAGAAGUUCACCAUUGUUCGGCGCCUUUUCCCAUCCAUCGUUUUACUUCCCUGUCAUAAAACAUCUUCGGGACCCCGUCAGGCAGUUUUUGGCUCACCUGCCUGAGAUGCUGACAAACUAUUAUGAAGACAAAAUUUUGUUGGUGGAGGUUUAACGGAGGAAAAAAAGGACUAAAAUCUGUUAUUAAGCUUUUAUUUCUGCUUUCCGUUGUUUGAAGCUUCUUUUCCCUGUCAAUUAUUCAAGAUGAUUUUUUUUUCCUGUGGCGUGUAGAAAUUAAUGUAAAGGCUGAGAUACCGUAACGUGAAAGUAUAUCAGGCCUGGUGUCUUUCGUGUACAAUGUUGUGUAUACUGUGAAAAUAAAAUGAAAGAUUAAUCUGGCA